AUGAGAUCGUCGUUCAGUGAGUCAGUUUUCUUCUAUCGUCGUAGUGUUCCGGUUCGACACGCAAUGGAGGCUGGCUACAUUCUGAUGGACGAGCAUAGUUCGGUGGAGGAGCUGAUCCGGCUCAUUUCGAAGCGUGCUAACAUUCACGAACCCGUGAACGUGCUGAAUCUAGACGACAUCGUGAGCAAGCACCGCAACUGGCAGCGAAAACUACCGACUGUUGCGCCAUAUUACGCGGUUAAGUGUAACAGCCAUCCAGCUAUUCUUCGGCUGCUUGCAGCACUCGGAUGUGGGUUUGAUUGUGCGUCGAAGACCGAGUUGGAUAUUGUAAUCGGGUUGGGUGUUACACCGGCACGCAUCGUGUACGCCAACCCUGCCAAAUCUAUAGGAUCAAUUCUGCACGCCAAGCAGCUUGGCGUGACGCGUAUGACGUUCGAUAGCUUGGAUGAGCUGGAGAAGAUUGCAAAGUAUUAUCCAGAAGCUGAGUUGUUACUUCGGAUUCGACACGAUGCACGAGAAGCGCAGCUGUCACUUGGUCGGAAAUUUGGUUGUGACCCUUAUCGGGAUGCACCGGCAUUGCUGAAAUGUGCACAAUCGAUGGCAUUGUCUGUGAUUGGUGUGAGUUUUCAUGUGGGAUCUGGCAGCAAGGAUGCGGAAUGCUUCUACGAAGGUAUACGAAAGGCGUUGGAGGUAUUCGAAUUGGGCUGCACGAUUGGGAUGAACAUGCAUCUGCUGGAUAUUGGGGGAGGCUUUCCAGGAGCGAGUAAUGAAUGUUUCGAUGAUCACGUGAACUUUAUCAACAAAGCGCUGGUUGAGUUAGUCGGGCCACGAGAAGGAAACGUUGUGAUGAUUGCAGAACCGGGUAGGUACUACGUGGAAUCUGCCGUUACCGCACUUGUGAACGUUGUGUCGAAAUCUUACGAAAGGGACUGUUCCGGAAAUAUCUCGCGCAUCAGAUACUACAUAGACGACGGGUUGUAUGAUACGUUUGAUUGGUGCGACACUUAUAGUAACACCCCAGUUUUACAGGAUGAAAAGCGUGGUAAAAAAUGUAUGAAGUCGGUGAUUUACGGUCGUACCAUGUGUGAGCAUGAUGUGGUUCGUGAAGAGGUGUUACUACCCGAGCAUGAGAUUGGCGAUUGCUUGAUUUUUCCGAACAAGGGCGCUUAUGGGAAAAUACUGGGGAUUGGGCAUAAUGGAUUUAGCCCAACAACAGUGAAGGUAUGUCUAACGCGAGCAACACUUAACUAUAUGUGUGCAGCUGCUCUCAAAGCAGAGCGAGGAUGA